AUGGCGUUGCAAACUCGAGCAUGUGCGAUUAAAAAAUGUGAAGUUUUUUCGUGUGCUGUAUGCCAUUGUUGCCAAAAUGAUUUAUGCCUUGACCAUUUAAAACAACAUAAAGACCAACUUAAUGCCCAAUUGAUCCCACUUGCUAAUCAGAUCAAUACAUUUUUGGAUGGUCUUGAGCAUUUCGAUCCGACUUCUUUGUCCAGUUUUAAAGUACUCGAACAAUGGCGCAUUUCAGCUCAUGCAACUGUCGAUCAAUCUUACGAACGUAAGCGUCAUGAAUUAUUUGAACAACAAAAGAAUAAACCAUUGGAAAAAAUUCAUGCAGCACGAGAUAUUUUGGAUCAACUCAUUCGUAAGCAAGGAGCUACUCGUGAAAAUAUUGAUUCAUUGUCUAAUGAUAUUCGAUUGAUCGAACAAGAAAUCAGUGCUCUUCAAAAAAUUCAAAUUAAUUUGCAUCCAUUAGUUAUCGACGAUAAUUUUGUCAUUCAAUCGACUUCUGGCCUCAGAACACAACAACGUACUGGAAAUAAUAACGAACCACUACAAGCAGCUUCCAUUAGUCAAAAUCAUUUAGAAGGACCUCAAAACAAAAGUCCUUUUCAAAUCUUUGUGAAGGUACCAACUGGACAAACAAUCCUUGUAACGGUAAAAUAUCUCUUAUACGAAUGUUCAUAA